AUGGCCAGGAAAAGCAGCGCAUUGAUCCUAGAUGUCGAGACUGUGCUGUGUCCUGCUGAGGUAGUGGAAAUGGAGUUUGACACCUUUAACGAUUGCUAUGUGUGCCGCCCCCGAAAUCUGAUCUGUUUGGUGAAGGAGAUCUGGCGAAGCACGGCGAAGCAAAGUCUUCGAUCCGGGAAAAGACGACCAUCUGCAGAGGCCCUGCGCGCCGUGCAGGAAGAGGUCCGCCACGGCUACGCCUUGCGGCCGGACGUGCACGCGCUGGUGGAGGCGUUGUUGCGCGGCGGUGUUGAGGCAGUGCGAGAGUCCUGCACCCUGCAAUUGGGUGUCCCAAUGCAGCCCAUGUUGGCCAAGGCCUGCACCUCCGUGGAAGAGCUGCUGAAGCGCAUCCUGAAUUCCAUGCCCGAAAAGGCGAGCGCCACGCUGGCUGCGGAGUUUAAGUAUGAUGGCCAGCGUGCUCAGAUUCACGUUUUGGAAAAUGGUACUGUGAAGAUCUUUUCGCGAAAAUUGGACGAUAUGACUUACAAGUAUCCGGAUGUUGUCAGCGUGGUGAAACGGUCUCAAAAGACCAAAGCAGCGUGCGUGUUGGAUGCCGAGAUAGUAGCAGUGGUGCCGAAGGCGGAGGCAGGCCAGGAGGCAGGUAGCCAAGUGGACAUUGCGGCCUUUCAGUCGCUGUCCACCCGCAAACGCAAAAACGUCACGGAGCAGAACACCGCCGUGGCCGUGAAGGUCUUUCUGUUUGAUCUUCUCUACUUCCAGGAGUCUUUGAUCGCUCUGCCUUUUGGGAAACGAAGGGAGAAACUGCAGCAACAUUUCGAGAAACUUGAGGACUUGUUGGCCUUUGCCGAAGCAGAAGACCUCAAAAUCGCAGAAGGAAAAGCAGAGGCUGUUCUUGAGGCUGCUCUGCAUCGCUCCGUGGCCGCGUCCUGCGAGGGGUUGAUGGUUAAACACCUUGACUCCAUUUACGAACCUUCCACAAAGCGUUCCGAUUGUUGGUUGAAGCUCAAGAAGGACUACUUGGAUUCCAUGGGCGAUUCCCUGGACCUUGUCCCCAUCGGCGGCUGGCGCGGCAGCGGCCGCAAGAGUCGAUGGAUCUCCCCGUGGCUCAUGGCCACGUACGAUCCAACGGAUGGUACCCUGGGCAGCGUGUGCCGCGUCAUGUCCGGCUUCAGUGACAAGUUCUACAAGGAGAACACCAUCCGCUACGUGGGUCACGAACUCGACGGCACGCGAGACAAGGAGGAAGCCCAAGAGGAGGGCGAAGGCGAAGAAGCAUCUGAAGAGCAAGAGGUAGAUGAUGAAGAAGCCAUCCCAGUCGCGAAAAGCAGCGCAAGCGGCAGCGGCUCCAGCGGGCUGCAGCUGAAGCGCCCGGCGGAGGGGGUGGAGACCGACGAGGCGCCGGCCUUUUGGUUCCAGCCCUGCGAGGUUUGGGAGAUCCGUGGUGCAGACAUCACCAUUUCCCCCAAGCACAUGGCAGCACGUGGCUUGGUGGACCCCAAGAAAGGCCUGUCUCUGCGCUUUCCCCGCUUCAUGCGGAAGCGGGAGGACAAGCGCCUUGUGGACGCCACGCGACCUGAGCAGUUGGCGGAGCUCUUCCGAAAACAGGGACAGCACCGUGCGCCGGGCUGA